UCGGUCCGCGCCGGGAAAACUUCCUGCAUCUGCCAAGGCUCGCAGGCUGGUUAGGAGGAAACCUUCACUCCGUGUACAUAGACUUGCCAGCGGGAUCGGUACCGGCCACCGCGCAUGGCGAGGGAUCUGAUCGGGCCGGCACUGCCGCCCGGCUUCAAGGCCCUCGGGGCCGCGGGGGACGAGGAGCGGGACCCCAGCCCCGUUGCAGGACCAGCUCUACCCCCUAAUUAUAAGAGCAGUAGUUCAGAGUCAUCAGACAGCGAUGAGGACAGUAAUUCUUUGUACGGAGAAGGAAACCAAGAAUCUGAAGAAGAUGACACUGGUCCACCUGCAAGAAAACAGAGGAGAAAUCAAGAUGAUGAUGAUGAUGAAGGAUUUUUUGGACCAGCCCUUCCUCCUGGAUUUAAAAAGCAGGAUGAUUCUCCUCCAAGGCCUAUAAUAGGUCCUGCAUUACCACCUGGUUUUAUUAAAUCUGCACAGAAAAGUGACAAAGGCAGAGAUGAUCCAGGACACCAAGAACCAUCAUAUUUCAACUAUAAGGAAACAGAUAGCAGUGAAGAUGAGGACAUUGUCGGACCAAUGCCUGCGAAAGGACCACUUAACUAUAGUGUAACAGCAGAGUUUGAUAAAAGAGCCCAGAGAAUGAAAGAAAAACUGAUUAAAGGAGAUGAUGAUUCAGCUAAACCAAUUACAAGGGAGUCCUGGAUGACUGAGCUUCCUCCGGAAUUGAAAGACUUUGGUCUUGGGCCCAGAACUUUUAAGAGAAGAACAGACACCAAAUCUGGAGAUCGAUCAGUGUGGACAGACACUCCAGCUGACAGGGAAAGGAAAGCCAAGGAGACAAAAGAAGCAAAGAAGUCAUUCAAUAAGAAAGAUGAAGAACAUAUAUUGUCAGGAAGGGAAAAGAGAUUGGCUGAGCAGGUGUCCUCAUACAAUGAAUCGAAAAGAUCAGAAUCUCUUAUGGACAUUCAUCAAAAAAAAUUGAAGAAUAAGGCUGCUGAAGAUAAAAAUAAGCCUCAAGAAAGAAUACCAUUUGACCGUGAUAAGGAUCUCAAGGUGCAUCGGUUUGAUGAAGCUCAGAAAAAAGCCCUAAUAAGAAAAUCUAGAGAACUAAACACCAGAUUUUCACAUGGCAAAGGCAGUAUGUUUUUAUAAGGGGAUUUCCCUGUACAAUGAAGAAAAGUUGAAGAAUACCUUUUUAUUGUCUGUCCACCUUUGUUCUUUCAUUUUAAGUUUCUUAAGAUUAGAGAUUACUUUAAAAACCAUACAAACUCACUUUGUUCUGUGCAUCCUUUUAGAGUCUAGAGGAAACAUAAAAUUGGUGUUUCUUAUGUAGAAUGGAAUUUUGUGUGUCUUUGGCUUCUGAGAAAGUAUGGGCUUUUCUUCAAUUAAUUAUUCUGGGGAUCCUCCCCACCAUGCCCUAAUUUUUGUGAUGGCCCACAAGUAUCCUCUCAGACCUGCUCAGGACUGUCCACUGAAUCUCUACCAUAGCCUGGACGUCUUCAUCGGGUAUCACUAACCAGCCCUGGAGCAGGUGUUCUGGGUCCUUACAGUUAAUCCAGGAAUUUGAAAUUGUUUGGAUAUUCCCUUUCAGCUGCAGCCAGUGAAUACACAUUUACUUGAAAAUAGAAGAUAUGGAGGUUUGACUGCUUCGUUAACAGUUUGCUUGUUUGGGCACUCUGGGCUUUUUAUUUGUUUGGGGGGUUUUGGUGUGUUUGUUUUUAAGUCAGAAAGAAGAAUAUCUGUGUUAUCUCACGUGCUAAGGAAAAAUUUUCUUAAACUUAGUAAGUAUUUCUAGGGGAGGCAAUCUGAGGAACAGGACAUGCCGUUGGCCCUGGCUGGGUAGCUCAGUUGGGUAGAGUGUUGUCCCAAUAUGCCAAGGUUUCGGUUCGAUCCCUGGUCAGGACAGAAGGAUCAACCAAUGAAAGCCUCAACAAAUGGAACAACUAAUUGAUCUUUUCUCUCCUCUCCUCUCCUCUCCUCUCCUCUCCUCUCCUCUCCUCUCCUCUCCUCUCCUCUCCUCUCUCUUUCUCUCCCCCUCCUCCCUCCCUCCUUUCUCCCUUCCCCCCUUCUCAAUCUUUCUAAAAUGAAUAAAAUAAAAUAUAAAAGACAUGUCAUUAACCACGAGCAGUGUGAAGUCUAAAACUCAGCUCUUCGAUCUCAAUCAAAGCUUUCUAAGUCUACAAACUCUGCUUUGAGAUGAUCUCACGUUACCCAUUUAUAAUUAACAGAUUUUUAUCUGAUUUAUUGGGGACAGAUCUUUUAUAUCAAUCACAGAUAGCCCUUUAAAAAAAUGAAACUCUAAUCAUAACCACCCUAAGGAAGCAUUAUAUAUUUCUAUGCUUUAAGUACUGCCUCUUUAAGUGUUAAAUAGAAAAUUCUAAAUAGUUCUGUAAGUUAUAUUUUUUUAUAGAUUAGUCCUAACUGUUCUGCUAGUUCUGUGUUCUUUUCUUGAUAAAGCACAAGGUUUUAAUGGGAAAAGCUUCUGAUUCCUACUUCAUUUAGGCUUUAUUGAAAAAGUAUGUAAACCACUCAAAAAAGGCUACACAUUAUUAUUUUAAUCAUAGUAGUACAAUAUUUUCCAGUGAUAUUUUCUGUGUAAACUGUAGCUUACUCAAGCUCUUUUGAAAAAUGAAUUAUUCUCCUAAGCAAAUUUAUGAAAAGGCUUCUUGUCUAUACAGAAUUGAACAGAGCUACUUUUUGACUUAAGAUGUCAUUUUAGUGGGUGGUAUUGUCUAAAUACAAAGCUUGUGCAAGUGCAUCCGUUGCUUUCAUUUAAUUUUUUUAUGAUUUUUUUUCUCAAUGAGAGGAAGAAAUGGUACCUAUUUCCUCAUCCUUCUAUGAAUUCCUAACAUAUUUUUGGGAAAUCUGGUAUUUCCAGUAAAAAUGUCAUCUUUGGAUACUUAUUUUUGCUUUGCUGUCACCCUAACGGGGAUAGAGGCAUUUCUAUAUUACAUAUUUACUAUUUAUCUGUUCUCUCACCCUUGGAGUGUCCAUGACCUUCGCAAAAGGGGGAGAAGCUGCUUCUUCCCAUGACCUACCACCUCACUGCUGCCUCAGAUCCAGUGCCCCUUCAUGCCACCCUGAGUCCAGUUUUAAUAAAAUGUCAGUCCAGAGGUCGUUUGCCUCCUGGAGAGACUAAACCCAGUAUAGCAACACUGACAUUAGAAGAGCAGAGUAACUGUUUGCACAGAAUGGAAAGGUAGUCAUUUCAUCUCCUCUUCAGGCUGUACAUGGCAUUAUUAUAUUGAGUCUCCUGUCCAUCUGGUAGAAAAUUGAGACUGUUGACAUUUUCUAAUAAGAACUUUUCCAUGUCCUACACUUCUUGGCCAAGUCUUAGAGAACUGUGACCUCUUUUGAAACUUAAAAAUGAAGAAGAUAAAGAGCAACACUAAGUUAAAAAGUGAAGCAGCUACUUGACAUUCUUUACUGUUGAAGGUGACAUUUAAGUUCAUUGUACCUGAAAUUAUAUGAUUUUGUCCACUUCUCUAAAUUGUCAUCUGAAAUAAAUGUAGACGUUUCAAAGAGUAACCAUAUUACUGAUAAAUGGUGGCUUUUACAAUUGGGUGAAUUGGUGGAGGGGCAAAAGAUGAGAGAUGGUGGUUAAAUCCAUAAUAAGACUUAAAUCCUUUUUAUAUUGGGUAAAAUGUAAUAUAUUAAGCCCGGCUGUAAAAAAAAAAAAAUGGCCAUGUCUUACUAAGCGUUUUUAAUCUUGUUUGGAUGUAGGAGCCACUGGACAUUUAAUCACUUGAACAUUUAAUGAUUCUUUGAAUUAAUUUUUUUUUUGAAAAGUGAGGUUGAAAUUUACAUGGUAUUGAGGCUUACCUGCCCCAGAAUAGAUAAAUGAUUAUUAUAUAAAUUAUUUGUUUCUUAUAUAGGGUGGAUAAUGUUAAUGUUACUACUCAGAUAUGUAUGAUCAUGGGAGAUAAUUUUACAAAAGCCCUUAUCACUUCUCUUUUCACUUUUUUUUAUGAUAAUGUUAGUGAAAAAAUUUUCUGUGGAGUUAUAUUCCUAAGAGAAAGAGUGAACAUGGAGGGAAGUGGUUAGAGGGCAUACCUAUGUAGCAUCAAAGCCUGGUCUUCUAUUUCAGAAUAUUAAUUUAUUUCACUUUGACUUUUGAUGCCAUAAUGUGAUCUUAGUCUGCAGUUACAAAAGGUCAUGCUUUUCCUGUUAUAGGAGAGCUAUAUUUUUUUGCAGCUUAAAAAAUUAAUUGUGACUGGAGUGUGUACAAAAUUAAAAAGCUAUAUGUACUGCUCCUUUCAAUUUUGUUCAUUUUGAACUUUACAAUUAAGAGACUUUUUAGAAAAGAAUUCCUGAGGUGUAAUUUUUAUGUAUAAAUAAAGUUUAUCUGUAUCUGA